AGUGCUUUUAUUUAUCACUGUCUUUUUUUGUUUCGUUGUUUUCAUUUUCUAUUACAAUAUCAGCGGGGAAACCAGUAUUUUCAUCACGAAAUUUCUCUAUUACCCCAUACUGUUGACGUUUACGCUUCAACAAUGGAAUCUAUCCGCCCUCAGCGACUUCAACCAGGGAUAGGAUUUGGAGCUGGAUCGACUGGGACCCUACGGUCUUCUCUCCGGCCCGGGGUUACAAUGCCAACCGCACCUCUACUGCCUCCCCCGGCUUCUUUAUGUGCUUCCUCUGGGCCGCCUCCGCCGCUUCAACUGCACAGUCUUCACGGCACUAUUGGGAGUGCGGGGCUCGGAACAGGGAUGGCUGGAUUCGGUCUAUGUAAUCCAGGGAACCCGGCGGUCUUGAAGGAGGCGGUGGAGGCUGUUGUUCGGAGUUUUGCGAAGCAUACGCAGGGCUAUGGCAGAGUGAAUGUGGUGGAAGCCUUGCAAGAGUUCUGGCAGAUGAAGCAGUCAAGAGGGGCAGACCUCAGGAAUGGGGCGCUGGUGGUGUACGAGAUGGUCCCAUCAAACAACCCACCCUAUGUUUGCUACGUCAGUCUUCCAGGGGGAAGCUGCUUUGGGAGUUUCCAGUUUUGUCCAACCAAGGCUGAGGCAAGACGUAGUGCUGCCAAAAUCGCUCUGAUGAACUCGGUUUUCAACGAGCAUCCUUCCCGCCGCAUCACAGAUGACUUCAUUGAGAAGAGUGUAUGUGAGGCGCUGGCCUCCUUUAAUGGAAACCGAGAAGAGGCAGACAACCCCAGCACAGGUAUCGGGGCAUUUCGCUUCAUGCUGGAGUCCAACAAAGGAAAGUCAAUGCUGGAGUUUCAGGAAUUGAUGACAGUCUUUCAGCUGCUGCACUGGAAUGGAAGCCUUAAGGCCAUGAGAGAGAGACAAUGCUCCCGUCAAGAAGUGCUGGCUCACUACUCCCAUCGGGCGCUGGAUGAUGACAUGCGUACCCAAAUGGCUGCUGAUUGGGUGAACCGGGAGCAAGGCUUGGCUGGCACCAUCGCCCAGGAGGUGGCGGCAACAGAUCGAGAACUUGAGGAGGCCAGGCUGUCCGGCCAGGAGCUGCGCUUCCACAAGGAAAAGAAGGACAUCCUAAUGCUGGCUGUUGGCCAACUGGGUGCAGCCAACAAUGCCACCCUGCCUUCAACCUGCUAGGUAUACGCUGGAUUACAACCCCAUAACUUGAUUCACUUCUAUCUUCCCACAUUGACUUCCCCCUCGUGAUUCUCAAAAGUCUCCAUAGGUGAGGGAAAUGUUCUAGUAACUCUGCAUAGCUUCCACUAUAUGGCUUUUACCUAUUCAGUCCGAUCAGAUCUGCCCGUUCAGAGUCAAGGGCAGAUGGAAGGAAGUUGGUUGUCAGUUUGGAAUCUGGCCUUAGAGAUGGAAUGAGUAACAGUGGCCAAUACCAUUGAUUGGAUAGAGGCUAGCAAGGCAGCCAUUUAGGAGCUUUGAAUUAUAAACAGUUAGUGUUUUUCCAGCCAGUGCAAACACACCUGAUUUAGCUAAUGAAAGUCUUGACAAUAAGUUGAUUAGUUGAAUCAGAUAUGUUAGCGCUGGUUUAGAACAAAGUCUUGCACAUGCUAUGGGUCUUCGGGACCACGACUGAAAAAUUCUGUUACAUAAAAGUUUAAGUAAUUGAGGUCAUUUUGUGCUGCCAUAUUGUUGGGUUUGUGAAAUUCACAUGGAAUAAUGAACUGUUACCAUUCCUCUCAUUCCCUUUCUAUACUUGUAGACAACUCAACCACAUGGGUGGAAUUAAAGCCCAGGACCUGCCUUUGCUAAUGAUUGUACAGGACAUAAUCUCAAGGAUAUUGUCACAGAAAGAUCUUACACACCAAAAUAGACCAAUGUCUGUCGCUUAAAUCUAUCUCACUAGAUUUUCUGCAUGAAGGACUUUGAAAGUUAUUUGAACAUUACAUCAUUUAAGCACAUACAGUUGAAGUCGGAAGUUUACAUACACCUUAGCCAAUUACAUUUAAAUUCCGUUUUUCACAAUUCCUG